AUGCCAGAAGGAGAUAACGCCGUUCCUGGAAUCCAGCAAGUCAUUCUUCAAAUGGCCCAGCUUCUACAGCAGAUGGCACAACAGCAGCAGCAAGCACUUCCGCAGGUUCAAUCUCAAGAGCAGAUUUUGGAGUCCCUGUCCUCAAACAUAACCGAGUUUGCCUUCGAUGAAGAAAACGGAGUGACGUUUGGACGUUGGUUUGACCGCUAUCAAGACCUCUUCGAGAAUGACGCCCGUCAGCUGGAAGACGCCGCAAAAGUUCGCCUGCUCCUCCGGAAGCUGGAUACUCCUUCGCAUAGCCGUUACAUCAAUUACAUACUCCCGAAGCUUCCAAAAGACGUGACGUUUGAAGACACCGUGAAGAUUCUGAAGAAAAUCUUUGGAAAUCAAGUCUCCACGUUCCGGAAGCGGUUCCAAUGUCUCCAGUUGGUGAAGAGCGAAUCUGAAGAUAUUAUCAGCUAUGGUGGACAUGUCAACCGAGCCUGUGAAGAUUUUCAAUUCCAAAACCUUACCCUGGACCAUUUCAAAUGCCUCAUGUUCGUCAGUGGACUCAAAGCCUCAAAAUACGCCGAUGUUCGAGCAAGACUUCUUUCGAUCCUGGAACACGAGAAACCUGAAGCACCAGCCACUCUCCAGUCGUUAAUUGACGAGUAUCAACGCCUCAUCAACCUGAAGGAAGACACAAGCAUCAUCGAACAGCAAUCCAGUUCGAAGUCAGCGGUUCACGCCAUCAGGGACAGGAAGGGUGCAGCGUCUCAGAACAAUUUCUCGAAGCAAGAAAGUAAGAAGCCGAAGACACCUUGUUGGCAGUGCGGACAAAUGCACUUUGUGAAGGAAUGCGUUUUCAACAACCACCUCUGCAGAGACUGCAACCGUGUCGGCCAUAAGGAAGGAUACUGUUCCUGCUCCAAGAAAUCAGCAAAUCCGGCUAAGACCACACAAUCACAAUCAACCAUCAACAAGAAACGAAAGAAGGGGAAAUCCAGUGUUGAAGCCAAAGGCGUGUUCGUUGUCAACCACAUUGAACACCGGGAAAGCAAGCGGAAGUUCGUUACCGUGGCGAUCAACGGAGUACCAGUCCCUCUUCAACUCGAUUCGGCCAGCGGCAUCUCCAUUGUUUCGGAAACUGUCUGGAAGCAACUCGGUAAGCCGGCGAUCAAUCCAUCAUCAAGCCAAGCCUCAAACGCAUCGGGUGAUCCACUAUCCCUAGUCGGUGAGUUCGAAUGUGAAGUAUCCAUCAAAGGAGAAACGAAGCGAGGCAGAUGUUUCGUCACAUCCGUACGUGAUCUGAAUCUGAUGGGCAUUGAAUGGAUUGACUUGUUCAACUUCUGGUCAAUUCCGUUUGAUUCCAUUUGCAAUCAAAUCGUGAUGCCUUCCAAACGUGAAAUCGAUCGAGAGAUUCAGCAGCUGAAACUCAAGCACAAAGAAGUUUUCAACGAGACCCUUGGACUGUGCAACCGCACUAAGGUACAGCUGCAUCUCAAGCCCGGAAGUAAGCCAGUUUUCUGCCCAAAACGACCCGUUCCGUUUCAUACCGUACCGUUGGUUGAUGCUGAACUCAAUCGUCUUCAAAGCCUAGGAAUAAUCACACCUGUGGAUUUCUCGGAGUGGGCAGCCCCCAUCGUAGCUGUAAAGAAACCGGAUGGCAGAGUUCGCAUUUGCGCGGAUUACUCGACAGGCCUGAACAACGCUCUGGAAGCCAACAACUAUCCCCUGCCGGUACCAGAAGAAAUUUUUGCCCAGCUGGCAGGAUGUCAAGUCUUCAGUGUGAUCGACCUGUCCGAUGCGUAUCUUCAAUGCGAAGUAACCGAAGAUUCGAAACAACUUCUGACGAUCAACACGCAUAGGGGAUUGUUUCGCUUCAACCGCCUGGCCCCAGGAGUCAAGUCAGCGCCAGGAGCAUUCCAGCGGAUGAUAGAAAGUCUCAUCGCGGAUCUUCCUGAAGUACGCCCUUUCAUCGAUGACAUCAUCAUCUUCAGCAAGGACUGGAAAUCUCAUGCUGAAUCGCUCAACAAGUUGCUGCAAAGACUGACGGAUUGCGGAUUUCAUCUGAAAAUUCAAAAAUGCAAGUUUUUCCAAACUGAAGUCCGUUACCUAGGCCACAUCACCGAUCGCAAUGGUAUCCGCCCUGACCCGGAGAAAGUUGAAACAAUCACGAGCAUUCCCCCACCAACGAACGUAUCCGAGCUGAGGUCCUAUCUUGGAGCCGUGAAUUACUAUGGCAAAUUCGUACGGAAUAUUCACGAGCUGCGUCAUCCCCUGGAUCAGCUGCUGCGCAAGGACGUCAAGUGGAACUGGAGUGCCGAUUGCCAGCGAUCAUUCGAACAAUUCAAGGAAGUGCUGAAAUCCGAUCUUCUCCUGACCCACUACAAUCCGAAACUCCCAAUCGUCGUAGCUGCAGAUGCAUCAAAAACUGGAAUCGGUGCCGUAAUUUUCCACAAGUUUCCGAACGGUAGCAUGAAAGCCAUUCAACACGCUUCACGCACUCUCACCCCUGCUGAGCAAGCCUAUGGACAACCGGAAAAAGAAGCCCUAGCCCUCGUUUACGGAGUAACCAAAUUCCACAAGAUGCUGUUGGGUAGAAGAUUCACACUCCAGACGGACCAUAAGCCACUUCUGUCAAUUUUCGGAUCGAAAAAGGGUAUUCCGGUGCACACGGCAAAUCGCUUGCAGCGCUGGGCCCUCAUCAUGCUGAAUUACGAUUUCGACAUUCAGUACGUCUCAACAAACGAAUUUGGAUGUGCUGACAUGCUUUCCCGCCUUAUCGAUAGAAGCUUGCGCCCAGAGGAAGACUACAUCAUUGCUGCCGUUUCGCUCGAAGAAGACAUGGCAAGUAUCCUCAACACCACAAUCGAAGCAGUUCCAGUUUCGUUUCCAGCGCUCCGAGAUGCCACGAGUAAAUGCGAAGUUCUCCAACAAGUCAAGAAAUACAUUGUUGAUGGAUGGCCAGCUAAUCCAAAGCAAGUUGCCGAAGCUGUUCUUCCGUACUACAAUCGACGUGAAUCCCUCAGUAUUAUCAGCGAAUGCGUGAUGUUCAAGGAAAGGGUGAUCGUUCCAGAGGCUUUUCGGCGACGCUUGCUGCAUCAAUUCCACCAAGGACAUCCCGGAAUGGUUCGUAUGAAGACUAUCGCUCGAAACUACGUUUACUGGCCUGGACUGGAUGGUGCAAUCGAGGACUAUGUUCGACGCUGUAGUCACUGCGCUACUGCUGCUAAGGCUCCCGUCAAGGCGAAACCAGAACCAUGGCCCACACCAGAGAAGCCGUGGACACGUAUACACAUCGACUACGCUGGACCGGUUGAUGGCAACUACUUUCUGGUGGUCGUUGAUCCCUUUUCGAGAUGGCCCGAAAUAGUUCUCACCAAGUCGAUGACUGCAAAAGCUACUAUCAAGCACCUCAAACAGAUGUUCGCUACGUUUGGAAUUCCUGAAACCGUAGUAAGUGACAAUGGUACACAAUUCACCAGUUUUGAAUUCCAGAAAUUCUGCGAAUCUUUGGGAAUCCAUCACAUCCGCACGGCACCAUACCACCCGCAAUCAAACGGAUUGGCUGAACGUUUUGUGGACACCGUCAAAAGAAGCGUGAAGAAGAUUUGCUCAGGAGGAGAGUCCCUAGAAGAUUCACUUCAGACGUUUCUUACCGUAUACCGUUCCACUCCAACACCGGAUCUUGGCGGACAGUCACCUGCUGAAAGAAUGCUAGGAAGGUCAAUGCGAACAGUAGCAGCUCUUUUGAAACCUCCAGAACGUCAGCAGCAGUCCAAGAAAGUCGAACGGAAGGGUGAUGCUACCAAACAUCAGGAUUCUCCAAGAUGCUUCAAACAAGGCGAUACGGUGUAUGCCCAAGUUCACCAAGGCAAUUCGUGGAGCUGGAUACCUGGUAGGAUCAUCGAGCGUAUCGGAAAAGUUAAUUACAACGUUUUGCUGAAUCGAAAUAGUCGACUGAUUCGGUCGCACAUCAAUCAACUACGAAAUCGAGUUGAAGUUGAAGAGCAACCGUCACAUCAAGAUUCACCACUCACGGUUUUCCUCGAUGAAUUUGGUCUUCGACAAAUGCCGACUACAGAAUCAAGAAGCAAAGUUCAAAUACCUGCUGGAGUAGAUGUUCCAAUGGUUCCAAUCGAUGAAGUUUCUUCCUUACCGAUGCCCGAGUUGGUAGAACCCAUACCCGAACAAGAUGAGCUACAAAAUGAACCCGAACCAGAAUCGGAAGAUGAAGAACCUCGUGCAAACCCAGAAACGCUGGAACGCCCUAGACGAUUGCUUAGGCUCCCAUCCAAGCUUCAAGGAUAUUGGUUGUUUUAA